AUGUUGAGUGGAAAUAGUGAGGAUAAACUGAAUCAAUUAGGAAUCGAAAUAUGGAAAAUUCACUACUACCACAAUGGCAGUAGUAGUAGUGAAAUUGGAAGGGAGCAAAAAUUCUUCACCAGUUCUGCCAUUAAGUUGCAACAACUGACUUGUGCGCUGUACUGGAGGGAAGCGUUAGUGGUUGUCAUCCUUCAAAGUGAACGUAUGCAUCGUUAUCAUGUGCACGUGCGAAAAAGUGUUUACCACACAGACUUCAGUUUGAAUGACACUUGCAUUGAUGAUCGAGUCAAUUUAGCGUGGAUACGAUGCGCGAAAUCCCCAAACGUACAUUUUAUCAUAGGAUGUACAUUUCAGGAGCCACUUACUUUAAUUCUUCAUUCAAAUCGACCAUUUUCAGACAGGGAAAUAAUUAAGGUGUUUGUCAAAGCUGUUCAUCUAUUGUUGAAUGCAUUUUAUUCAACCCUAAAAGCACUUGGAUUUUAUUAUAUGCACCAAUUGAAUCCAUUAAUUUUAGUUAAAGCAAAAAUUGUCAAUUCAAAGACUUUUGAAGAUCAAAUAAUAAUGCGUCAGAUUAAAGAGGCUUUCAUUUCUCCACAUAAUUAG